AUGGGCCGCGACCUUUGUAACCAGAAAUCGCUUGGCAAUACGUUAAACACCUUAAUCAAGGCGGCGCGUGUUUUACUAGUUGGAGCCGGAGGUAUCGGUUGUGAGCUUUUAAAGAACCUAGCACUAGCCGGGUUUGGUGAAAUUCACAUAGUCGAUCUUGACACUAUUGAUAUCAGUAAUCUUAAUCGGCAGUUCCUCUUCAGACAUGAGCAUAUAAAAAAAUCGAAGGCUCUAGUUGCGAAGGAAGCCGCUUGUCAGUUUAAUCCCAAUGUCAAGCUCGAAGCCUACAUGGCAAAUAUCCACGAUUCAAAAUUUGAUAUAGACUGGUUUAAAGGCUUUAAUAUUGUCUUUAAUGCACUAGACAAUUUGCAGGCUCGUAGACAUGUUAACAAGAUGUGUAUUGCAGCUGAUGUGCCUCUCAUCGAAAGUGGAACCAUGGGCUUCAAUGGUCAGGUUCAGGUUAUAAAAAAAGGUGUAACGGCUUGUUAUGAUUGCACACCAAAGGUGACACCCAAAAGCUUUCCUAUAUGCACGAUUAGGAGUACACCAAGCCAACCUAUUCACUGCAUUGUUUGGGCAAAAAGCUAUCUAUUAAACGAAAUAUUCGGAGCUAGCGAAGAGGAGCAGUCAGAUAUGGAUUCUAUGGUAGAUCGUGAGAAUAAACAAGAAAUCGAAAAUCUGCGACGAGAGGCCAUGGCACUAAGGAAGAUAAGAGAGUCCAUGGGCUGCGAAGAAUUUGCCCAACUAUUGUUUAAUAAGGCAUACAAACAUGAUGUUGAACGAUUGCUCUCGAUGGAUGAUUUAUGGAAGACGAGGCGGGCGCCUGAAGCACUUGAUUACAAUUUAAUCCUGUCGAAGGCUACUGAAGAGGGAUUUUCUGCUGGAAAAGUGCUGCAAGACAUGCAUAUAGCAUGGAAUGUUGAGGAAAGCUUAGUUGCAUUCAAGCAUAGUUUGGAGCGGUUAGGCCAAAGAAUGCAACAUCUAAGAUCUACUGCUAGUGAUGGUUCUGCAGAGCCAAUCAUUACUUUUGACAAAGAUGAUGAAGAUACUUUGGAUUUUGUGACGGCCAGUGCCAAUCUACGCUCAUCAGUAUUUGGUAUCGAACGUAAGUCAAAGUUUGAUGUAAAACAGAUGGCCGGCAAUAUCAUUCCUGCAAUAGCGACUACAAAUGCGAUUGUGGCCGGGCUUUGCGUCCUCCAGUCAUUCAAGGUUCUGCAAGAAGAUUUUCCAAGUGCUAAAGAAGUAUUUCUCUCGCCCUUUGCAACUGAAAGACUCUUAGCAUCGGACCGAUGUCAAACGCCCAAUCCCGACUGUUCUGUCUGCAGUGUUGCGUAUAAUCGAGUGCUUAUUGACUUGUCACGUACCACACUGAAUGAUCUAGUUGAAUUAUUUUUAAAGGCAGAGUUAGGAUAUGGCGAGGAGCUCACCGUCAAUGAUGGAGAAAAUCACCUACUAUAUGAUAUAGAUGAAACCGUAAAUCUUGAAAAAAAGCUUACGGAUCUUGGGGUUGGAGAUCGUAGUUUUCUAACUGUUAUGGAUGAAGAUGACAUCCAUCCCGACGGCCCGAGAGUAAAUCUCGUACUAACGGUUCAUGAUUCUACCAUGGUGGAUGGUAAACGUAUUAAGAGCCUCGAUAUUCCCAUCGCUACAGAAAAUAAACAGCCAUUGGUUUCGUUACUUUAUAUCCCAAGACGAAAGCCAAAAAUUCAGACACCAGCUGAUACUAGUUUGAAGGAUUCAAAUAAACGGCCUUUGACUCCUGACCCGAUGCCCAGAGACUUGGCCAAAAAACCAAAGAUAGGAUCAACGGAACCAACCUCAAUUUCAGUGAAAUCAAAUAAUACAAGUAGCGACGUAGUCAUAGAGAUCUACGACAAUGAUGAUGGGGCUAUCAUGAUUGACUGA